AUGCUUCAUGUCGACCGCAACAGACACAAAGACUUCAUCGCACCCCGGCAACAACGACCUCAAAGCCUCUGGAUGUCACAACAAGGUGCCGUUCGGCCUUGGGCAGUGGGUCUAGCCAAUCGGCUUCACCUCCAAACAUUUCCGCUACAUGCCAACCAGAUCCUCACCACAGCCGGAAUCUACUACGGACUCUACUCCGUCGUCUCACCCGCGGUAUCUCGUUGGCUAGCACCCAAGACGUACAAACACUUAUCGAAGUCAUCCCGAGCAAACUGGGAUGCCCGAGCUGUUGGAUUUGCUCAAGCCAUCUUCAUCUCUUACCAUGCUUUGAAUGUCAUCUUCACGGAUCCGACAAGACCGAAUGCUACUGCUCAUCAGCGAUUAUGGGAUUACUCGGCUAGAGUGGGAAAGGUGCAGGCGUACGCUGCUGGGUACUUCCUUUGGGAUCUUUACGUCACAUCAAGAUAUGCGGGUCAGUUUGGGCCAAGUGCAGCGGCUCACGCUUUUUGCGGGUUAUUGAUUACAAUGAUCGGAUUCCGACCGUUUGCAAACUACUAUGGCGUGAACUUCAUCCUUUACGACCUCUCGACACCCUUCCUCAAUAUUCAUUGGCUGCUGGACAAGCUUCACUUGACUGGCUCAAACCUCCAGCUGUACAACGGCAUCGCUCUGAUCUCGACCUUCUUCAGCGCAAGACUGGUAUGGGGCAGCUACCAGACCUGGCUUUUAUCGUCCGAUAUGCUUGAGGCCUGGCGAACGGAAGCGGAGAUCGUGCCCACAUGGUUGUUCCUCACGUAUCUGGUCAGCAACACGACGCUAACAUGUCUGAACUUCUACUGGUUUGGUAAGAUGAUCCAGGCAUUACGGAAGCGGUUCGAGCCACCCAAAGAUGGUGAUCAGCCGGCACGGAAGUAG